UUCAAGCAACAUCAGUUGCAGGAAUGAAAGCUUAAAUGACACUUGAGGAUUUCUUUUCUCCUCACUUUGUCUUUGUUUUGAUAGAAAUAUGUCUGCAAUGUGACUUUUGUGAAAUGUUUGUGAAAUGAUUUUAAACCUAAAACAGAUAUAUUUAAUGUAAAACUGCUUCAUGGAAAUAGUUUUUUGAGUUUUGCAUCACAUAUUUGACUUGGAUAAAUACAGAUGCAGCAUAAAGAGUAAAUAAUUAUCUGAGACAUGACUGACCACAGGUGAGUACCACCACUGUUGGACGCAGUGGAUUAACAGAAAAAAUCUUAAAUGUGAGGAUUGAUUUCUGUUAUUUACAUGAAGGUGGUGCAACAGAAAAGUUCUAACACUUGUUUUAAUGAAGGCCCAGAGUGAAAAGCUCAGUUUUACAUUUUUCUAUGAGAUUCUAGUUUAAAACAAUAAAUUAUUUUUGACCAAAAGAUUGACAGACAUGUGUCUUUCAAGUGUCCGCCAAACCAAAAUUCAUAAAUGAUAUUUUCUAUGUCCUGCAGAGAUCAGCCUCCAACUCUACACUCAAAGUCGCCACAGCUGCCAUCUUGCCGUCAGAUCACCAGGCUGUUGUAGUCAGUAAUUUGGUUUGAUCGAUCUGGAGCAGGAGAUGAACUGUCGCCUUUACGAACAGAGGAUGUGAAAACACGUUUAAAAGAAAAAAUAGUGGAGGGGGGUAGAAACAUGAAGAGAUGGUGAAUGAAACAUGAGAAAACAAAUGUGCUGCAACUCUGAUUAUUUACACGCAUAAAAUGACAAAAUGCUGUGAGUUUUAUUUUAGAAUAUAAUAUUUUGUUUUAGAAAUGCAUACUUCAAAUCUAAAUGAAGAGAAAUGAGGAGUAAUUAUUAAGACAUCUGCUUCAAGAGCAUGGACUGCAGAAGAUAAGAGAGACAAUCAGGAAACAAAAGUCCUAAAGACAAAUGGACCUCAGAAAGAAGACAAAUUACAUUAUUUUUUUCUUCUCUGAGUUUCACAACUUUGUUACCUAAUAUGGUACGAUUCACAAACAUCUCAAGUUGGAGUGAUAAAAGGAGACUAAUCCUUUAACAUAAAUCCAGUGAAGUAUUGACUUGUACUUCUUAGAGGUACUAAACUUACAUCAUCCACUUUUUACACCCAAAAAAUCUGAUACUUAAGUUGAACUUACCUUUACCUCAAACUGCACAUCUAUCCAUCCCUUUUUAAAAGUCUUUUGUGGUCUCAGAGUCGUUGACGCCUAUCCCACCUACUGUAUAGCCAAUGCAAAGAAUCAGAGGUGUCAAACUCUAGGGUUCAAGUUCCAGCCUCCUGCUGUUUUUCCAGAAUUUCUGCCUCAUCUGCUGCUGAAUAACGGGAUCAGGUGUGUUUAGCCAAGAACGAGCUUCAAUGGCAGUUUGGUUGGAAAACAUGUUGGACACCGGUCCUUGAGGUCUGGAUUCUGACACCUCUGCCCUAAAUGGUUUCCCUGUCCAUCACAGGAUAACAUAGAGACAUUCAAGUCAUUCUCAAUUUGGGACAAUUUAGAUUCGUCAAUUGGACUGUCGGAGAAAACUUGGAGUUUCCAAAGGACUCACACACAGGGAGAACGAGAAACACCUCUCAGAAAGGACCUAGUGCUGACUUGAACCAGGGCUUUAAACACACACACACACACACACACACACACACACACACACACACACAUUUUUUUCCUGGGUUAGUUGUGUGGUUUAUAAUGAUUCACUUUAGUUGUGUUUUAAGGUACUUUCUCCUUCAACUCUUUUAGUGAAAGCCUGGCAUUUUUGGGGUAUUUUGCAGAUGAACUUUCAUAAACUAUAACACUUGUCAUUGAAACUGAGGGUUGUAGAGUCUGAGAUGGAGCUAAAGUUUCUCUUGCAUGAUUUGACCCUUUCUGGUUUACACACUAUAUAUCUGUUUUUGUCUAAUUUAUAAAAAAAAGUCACAUUCAUUUUGUUCUUACUUCUAUCUGGACAUCCACAUAUUGUCAGCACUGUGACAGAGACAGCAUAAACAUUCAGCCAGACCAUGUGACCCUGUCCUCAGGUAACACAUGCUGCAGGAAUGCAGGAUUUAUCUUUUUCAACUCUGAAUGUCUACAAGGGUUGAGGUGAGGAAGCUGGACAGACCUCCAGGGUUUCGCUGCAGGCUGUGGAAACCAGGACAUUAAUAAAGACAAAAGCAGAGGAGGAAGACAUAAGAGUGAAACAGAGAUGGGCUGACAGCGAUCAAAGGAGUGUUCUUCAAUCCGUCUGUUGGGAAACUUUAAUAGAGGUGAAGCACUUCAUUUUUUUUCUUAUGGGCAAAAACAGGUACAUUUUUAAGGAUUCCAGUUUCACCUUUAUCAGUAUCACAUACUCUCCUGAGAUGUUUGGAUGAGGAAGUCUGUCCUGAGCUGGAGAACAUGAUGAUAAAUGGAAGUAGGCUGCUCAUUGUGAAGCUCUGGCAGUGUUAGAUUACUGCUUUGUUGAGCAAGAGGAAAAGUAUCAACAGCCCUCAAACUACUCUUUUGUUUUCCUGAUGUAACAUUUAGGACUGUCAAGAUUUUGAUUUUAAAAUAUCCUUUCGAGAAUCUUUGCAUCUUUUUAAGACUACCUAAUAUUUAGAUUGCUAAAGGUAUCGCUAAACUUUUAACCAAUCUUUUUUCUUUUUCAUUUUAAAUCUAAUAUCUCUGGGAAACGUUACUGUGAAUUUGUGGCAGAGGAGGAAUAUUUGAUAUACCCACUGUUGGACUUGCAAUUUGUUGCAGAACUUGUGCCAGCAGGGUUCGUGUAUGAAGAUGGAAAUGACGAAGAUAAAAAGAUAGUUCAUGUGAAGUUCGGGGACAGAAAAGGGUGGAGAAUGAUGGAGCGAUAAGCAGAGCAUCUCUUCUUUCUGCUGUGACCAUAUCGAUUCUGUUUCAUGGUUAAGGAGGUCACAUCACAGGCAGAAGGCCCAGUUCCUCUCCAGCAGAACAAUGAAGACACGCCUCCCCAUCCUCAUCUUUUUUUGUCCGUGGCCCCACUGGGUGAGAAUGAGCCCAAAAGGAGUUUUGUUUUGGGUGAGGCCUAUAAAAGCAUCAAAGCUUCAUUUCAGAAGCCCAUCUUUCCAGUAAAGCUGUGACACUCAGAAGGAGCGAUGUUGGCGAGCCUGGUAGGACUGCUGGUCCUGUCGUCCGUCUGCUCAUCCAUGAUGCUGCAAAACAACUCCAAGUACCCGUCAGAAAUUGAAGGCUUGACGACUGACCCCAACACCCACCGCUUGUCAGAUUUGCAACCUCAAAGCACCCGCUCCGGCCCCAUGCAGUUACCUCCCACAGACCUGCAGUGGCCUCCAGGUCCCAACAUGACGAACAACAACAUGCGGAUGUUGUUGCCUGAUGGCACCAACACACCGACCCUGCCAGAGCCCGAUACGUCCAUCUGCGACAUGCUAUUUAGUGCUCCGAUACCACCAUCAAUCGACCAGAUCCCGUUGUUCUGCAUUUGUUCCCACUGCAAAGGAACCACUGGACCCAAGGGGGAUCGCGGUGACAGAGGCCUUCCAGGUGAACCUGGAAGCCCAGGAAGAAGAGGAAUGACUGGGUACAAAGGCUACCGAGGAUUCACAGGCCCCCAGGGCAUAAAAGGUCAGAAAGGAGACUUCGGGGAGAAGGGCGUGCCUGGUGACGUUGGCUUCACUGGACGAAAGGGCGAACGGGGAUUCAAAGGCGAGAAAGGGGACCAAGGAGACAUGGGGCCUGCAGGUUCACAGGGCCCUCAGGGAGAAACUGGCACAUGCCCUGCCACUUGUGAGAGCAUUCCUGGACCACCAGGAAUGCAGGGGACGCCUGGACCUGUUGGACCCCGGGGCCUUCCUGGUGUGGAGGGACCUUUGGGACCUAAGGGCCUAAAGGGUGACAAGGGGGACAUGGGUACACCUGGGGUACCUGGUUCAAAUGGUAUAAAGGGGGAUCAAGGAGAUCAGGGGGUGUGUCAUUGCAAAGAUGGACUAAAUGGUACUGAUGGGCUUUCAGGACCAAAAGGUAGUAAAGGGGAAAAGGGCGACACUGGUGCACAGGGCAUACAGGGCCCGAUUGGGAACAAAGGUGACCAAGGUAAUUUGGGCCUCAUGGGGCCUCCCGGUCCUUGCUCCCCAGCCAUCCAGUCUGCAUUCUCUGCAAGUCUCAACCAAUCCUUUCCCCCUGCAAAUUGGCCCGUAUAUUUCCCCAACAUCCUACUCAACAUGCAGGGUCACUUCAACCCAUCCAUGAGCAUCUACACAGCCCCAGUCAAUGGCAUCUACGUCUUUUCCUUCAACUUCGCAACUGCCCAAAAGCCACUUAAAGUGGGUCUGUUCCGGAACUUCUACCCUAUAGUCAGAACCACAGAAGUAUCAAAUCUUGCAACAGCCAGUCAGACGGUGGUCCUCCACCUUACUGCGGGAGACAUGUUGUGGAUUCAGGUGAGGGACAGUGCAACUAACGGCAUGUUCACCGACGCUGAAAGCAGCAGCACGUUCUCCGGUUACCUGCUGUACCCUGACUCCUGCGAAAUGCCCAUUGGCAGGGAUUUCAUGACCCCCAUUAAUUACCCUAAGGGUGGUUUUAGCUGGGACGGUCCUACCCCAAAGCCCACUGAUGCUCCGAAUUAGGCUUUAUCCAGGAGCUCAUUUUUAGACGAAACAUCAACAAACAUCCAAUCAAGUACUAUAUUCAUCUAUACCUGCCAAUUCUAAAAGAGGGGUAUUUUUAGCCUUCAUUGAGGGUUUAUGUCACUCAGUGGUAUUUAAGUGUUUGCUUCCCUCAUUUAAUCAGACCUAAAGCCAUCCUUUAUGGCAGUUUUUUUUUCACCUUUUUUGAGCCAAGGUAAAAAAUUACAAGGCACACCGCCUGCCAAAAAUGUCUGUAUUAACAACAUAUUGUCAUUAUUAUCAAAGUGUCUCAAAUAAGAAUAAAAUAAACACAAACGGUAUUUCAUGAUCUACUUAUUUUGAAACCUGCAGCAGUUUGGGUGAACACACAUGGCAAUGGUGAAUGUUUUUGUGACCAUUCUGACCACACCUUUUCCAUCUCUCACGACACAUGUUGAAAAUGGUUUAUUGGUUGAAAAACACUGCCCCAAAGUACUGCAAAAAAAUGUGAAAGCUAUAAACUUAUUUUUGCUAAACCAGCAUCAAAAUAUCAGAGUUUUUGCAGAAAUUACAGCCCAUUUGCAGAAUUUAUGCAUAAAUUAAUGUUUCUAGUCAUUGAUCCAUUAAUUCGUUUGACUAGAAGUUGGUCUGGUGGUCAGCUCAGUAUGUUCUGAUUGGAAAAGCUUUCUCUGUGUUCCUCAGUUUUAAGAAAUGUGCUUAAGCACAGUCAACAUCUAUACUUAGACAAAGAAAAGUGUUCCAGUGUCCUUAGUCAGGAUAUUUUAAGAAGGACCCAAAUGGAAAGGUUUCAGAAAUUGCACACUCCUCUGACAUUUUAUAUCGGGCAUUUAUUUGAUGCUUUUGUAAUAGAAAAAGGCAAUUCUAAAUAUUUUACAGUAACUUUAUAAAGAGAGAAAAAGCAAGCAGUGUCUACAGGUUAAUUUUACUUGGAAGUAAAAUAUUAGAAAACUAGAGAAGAAACAUUUGUAAGCCCUAACUCUGCUUUGAAUGCAUUUGAAAACACGUUCACAGCACAGCAUGUUUGUCUUUAAGUAGAAUAUAUUAUGCUGAAAAUAAAAAGGUUUUAAGAGUUUCUAAGAGAUGAAAAAUACCCCUCUUCUAGAUUCUGGAAAAAUUCCUGCUUUAGAUUCUAGAUUGCAUUCAGUGGAGGAUGGUGCCGAACCCACUGAGUCCUGCAUUAGAUGGUAGAUAAGAGGAAACCUCCUCUGAUGUCAAAUGUUUCCAAAUCAUUCAGCAAAUGAAAAUAUGUUUGUUCAGUCCUUUCAAUCAGUUUACCUGUUAUUUGUUAGAAGUUGGUAUUUUAAAAAAUAAAUGUCACCAAAGCAAAUGUU